AUGUCCAAGGCAAAACAAGCGGCAUACGCCGCGUCGCCUGCUGCUCAGUCCGGGAGCAGUGCAUCCUUCGCCCAAGGCUUCGUGCUGGGUCAAUUGACACUGGCCUUGAUUCUGAUAUUCCUGAUCAAGUUCUUUAUCUUCGGCGAGCCUCCGUCGGCCGACAGUCGUGCAGCAACACGAGCAGCCCUCCGCCGCCAACGUACCCUCUCACACGCCUCGUCUUUGCGCCGUCGCUCCUUCUCCGACCUCCGUCUACGUAAACGCAGUUCCGCUGCUGUGCUCGCUCCACGAAACAUCUCCUCUGGCGGUGCAGUCCUCACUACAGACAAGAUUCUGGAAAAGACCUACUAUAAUGUCGAUGGACACCAGCCAGAGAGCUUGGACUGGUUCAAUGUCUUGAUUGCCCAAACAAUUUCUCAGCUGCGUGCGGAUGCCCUUGAAGGAGACGCCGUGCUGACCUCUCUUACAAAUGCCCUCAAUGGCGGUCAACGACCACAUUUCAUCGAUGAGAUCAAAGUCACCGAGAUCUCGUUGGGAGAAGAGUUCCCCAUAUUCAGCAAUUGUAGGGGCACAAAUAGAGGAGGCCUUGGAGAGAGCAGAUUGCAAGCACGCAUGGACGUUGAUCUAUCAGACGUCGUCACCUUGGGCAUUGAGACAAAACUCGUCCUGAACUAUCCCAAGCCCUUCUCUGCCGUCCUGCCUGUCGCUCUAGCCGUCUCGGUCGUUCGCUUCUCUGGCACUCUUUCCCUCUCCUUCACGCCUUCCCAACAACCAGACGCUCCCGCCAAUGAGUCCGAGUCGUCCUCUGCAAACCCAUCGUCCUCGCCUACCACACUUACAUUCACCUUCCUGGACGACUAUCGCUUGGAUCUCUCGGUCCACUCUCUGAUCGGCUCACGUGCCCGCCUGCAGGAUGUACCAAAGAUUGCGCAACUGGUAGAGCAGCGUAUUCACGCUUGGUUCGACGAACGCUGUGUAGAACCUCGUUUCCAGCAAAUUGUCCUGCCUUCCCUCUGGCCGCGUAAGAAGAAUGUCCGUGGAGGCACCGAUGAUGUUCCCGAGGAUGCUAUCCUUUCAGAUGCAGAAAUGGAUGCCGCGACUCCAUCAUCUAAGCCACGCAACCGCGAGCGCAGCAGAGAUCCUUCUACCAACAAACGCGACACACGAGCUGACAGAUCACCUGCUGCUGCCGCAAGACCGAAGCCUUCGAGGCAGGCUUCACGGCAGACCAAGCCUGAAGAGUUGAUGACCGAGGAGGAAAGGUUGGCCGCUGCUGGUGAAGAGCUCAGAGCCGCCGAGCAGAGAGAGUGGUCUAGAGAGCGUAGGAGUAGAGAAAGACAUAACAAGAACAACGACGAGACGGUCCGACCCAUCGAUAUAUGA